CCCUCCCUCGUUCUCUCAGGGCUUUGCCGCGCCUGCUCGCCCUGCAACGAUUACUCCGGACGAAACCCUAAUCCUUAAUUAAUUUUGAUUGCGCAUAAUUUUUCUUAAUUAUCAAUAUAUUAAGAAAUUAAUCAAACAAUGGCUUCGGACGAAGACGAUUUCGUGUUCUACGGAACACCGAUAGAGCGGGAGGAAGAUUUCACCAGUCGCAAGAAGAAGUCCGUAGCCGAGGCCUCCGGUAACUUGCGCACUGUCGUUCCUUGGAAGCAAGAGGUUAGAGAUGAAGAAGGGAGAAGGAGAUUUCAUGGUGCAUUUAGCGGAGGGUUUUCUGCCGGCUAUUACAAUACAGUUGGCUCAAAAGAGGGGUGGACACCACAGACUUUUGUGUCAUCGCGGAAGAACAGAGCUGAAGUCAAAACGCAGGACAUUAUAAACUUUUUAGAUGAAGAUGAAAGAGCUGAGCUUGAAGGCCAAUCUUUGGGGACAUCCAUGCAGUUUGAUACAUUUGGAUCUACAGCUGCUGAACUUGCUCGUAAACAAGCUGAGAAGGAACAACAGAAAAGGCCGUCAGCGAUUCCUGGACCUGUUCCUGAUGAAUUAGUUCUUCCAGCCACAGAUUCUAUAGGUGUAAAAUUGCUGCUGAAGAUGGGAUGGCGUCAUGGUCGUUCAAUCAAGGAUUCACAUACUGAUUUAUCAUACGAUGCUCGAAGGGAAGCUCGAAAAGCUUUUUUAGCAUUUUCUUCCAGUGAUGCAAAAACACAGCUGGCUGACUCUGAGCCCGUUCAUGGCGAACUGGAGAAUCAUAUUGAGCUGCCUGCCGUUGAUGAUGUUCAAUCUUCUCAAAGCACACCUGUUUAUGUACUCUACCCAAAGCAGGACCUUCAUGGAUUAGGUUUUGAUCCUUAUAAGCAUGCUCCUGAGUUUAGGGAUAAGAAGAGAUCACGCCCAUCUGAGAAUAGGGGUACUGGAUAUAGAAGUGCCCGUUCAAUGGACAAUAAUCUUUUUGGCUUCAAGUCAGGAAAGGUUGCUCCUGGUUUUGGAAUUGGAGCACUUGAAGAACUUGAUGCUGAAGAUGAGGAUGUUUAUAACUCGGGUUACGACUUUGAGGAAACUUAUGUUGAAGAUAUUGACGAUGAGCCUUCAAGAUCAAUCAUGGAUAGCAAGCAAAAGUUGGUUCGAAAGGAACCGGGUGGUCUCUCUGGAUUUAGACUUGCAUCUAACUCAGACUACCAGCAUGAGAGAUUUGAUCCUCCUGUAGUACCAAAAGAUUUUGUACCCCACCAUAAGUUUUCUCAGCCUCUUGAUACGGGCUACAAGCUUGGAGAUCCUGGUCCCCCAGAAGUAUCUCCUCCCGAAGAUAAUAAUCUGAAACUCUUAAUUGACGGGGUUGCAACUUUAGUAGCUCGAUGUGGUAAAUUAUUUGAGGAUCUCUCCAGAGAGAAAAAUCAGUCAAAUCCCUUGUUUAGUUUUCUAGUUGGAGGGAAUGGCCAUGAUUAUUAUGCAAGGAAACUGUGGGAGGAGCGACAGAAGCGAGGCAAUCACACCAAGGAGAUAUUGGAUGGUAAAUUGUCUCCACGAAAGCAGAAGAUGACAGCAGAGAACCGUGGAAAAAUUUUAGGGGAAAGGCCUUUGGAACGAAGCUCCAAAGAGUCAAAUUCAUCCGUUGCUUCUAAAGAUGCCAUUCAGCUUCAGUACAAUCUUUCAGAUACUUUUACUAAACCUGCAUUAGAUGGCGAGAUGCUGGAAGUUGCAAAGCCUUUCAAUGAUGAUCCUGCAAAGCAAGAAAGGUUUGAGCGGUUUCUCAAGGAGAAGUAUCAAGGAGGACUUCGAUCUACUGAGUCUGGCGGAGCUAGUCAUAUGUCAGAAGCAGUUCGUGCUCGUGAGAGAUUGGACUUUGAGGCUGCAGCCGAUGCAAUACAGAAAGGGAAAUGGAGUAAAGAAAGCAAACUCUCCACAUCACAGUUCAUGGAUUUUUUAUCUGCUGGAGCCAUGCAGUUUACUUCUGGGGGAUCAGCGCAAGCCAAAGACACUCAAGCUGAAAAAUCGAUAAAAAAGGAAGUUUGCAUAAAACGGACAGAAUAUCAGUGGCGUCCUUCACCUAUUUUAUGCAAACGCUUUGAUCUCAUCGAUCCUUUCAUGGGGAAGCCACCACCAGCUCCACGGAUGAAGAGCAAAAUUGAAACUCUGAUUUUUACAUCAGAUUCUGGAAAAGACACAAAAGCAGAAGAAACUGUAAUUGUAAAGAGAGACUACAUCCCUGCUGUUCAAUCUUAUGCCCAGGGAAUAAGCAAAGAUGUAGUUGACGAGGAAAGCGCAAUUGAUGUUGAAGUUGAAAACGUCGAGAGGCCAGUUGACCUUUACAAGGCUAUAUUUUCUGAUGACGAGGAUGAUGAUGAGGAUGCCUCUAUUCCCAAAGGGGUCGGUAAGCCAGAGAAGAAGGUUGAAGCAGCUAAUACAACAUUAAACCGUUUGAUCGCAGGCGACUUUUUGGAAUCCUUAGGAAAAGAACUAGGCCUAGAGGUUCCCCCUGAGCUGCCCUCAUCAACGAACAAAGCCAGGACUUCUUCGCCUCCCAAGGGAGCUGGUUCAGGACAUUCCAGUAUCCUGCCAGUUGAUAAUAAGCCACCUUCCACUCGCGAUAUUUCACACAGAUCGGAAAGUUCUCAAGAUGCUCCACGUGACAAUACCGAACCUUUUAAUGGUAACUUGACGGGUAAUUCAGCGAGAAGUAAUAGCAAAAACGCAGAGAAGGAUGCUUUGGGGAAUCAGUUUGACAAGAUUAUUUUUCAAAAAGCACCUCAGGAAGAUAGGAAGGACAAAACACCCUCAAGGCGGCACCAGAAUGUGAGCAGCAGUCCAUCAUCAGAAGAUGAAAGGAGCAGAAAGCGCUCUAGGAGACAUCGGCAUAGACACAGUGAUUCAGAUAGCGAUUCAUCCAGUGAUCAUUGGGACCAUCACCGUUCUAGGUCUAAAGGGAAGAAGAAAGGAUCCUCUCGAGAAAAGAGCAGUAGUAGCAGAAAACACUCGAAGCAUCAUAAACAUCGAAGCAGAGACUCCCCCGAGAAGGAACGUUCAGAAUCCAGGAGAGACAAGCACAGAAGGCGAGAUUGAAAGUGAUGUACUAUUUCCUUAAACAGUGCAUCUAUUUGCACAAGGUUUAGAAUGACGGGCCGGAUGCCGGCCGUAUUGUUUCGUUGAUUGGGAAGCUUUGCCGUGGCGCUUGUGUUUCGAUACUUAUAACUGAAAUUAGAUGUUUGCUGGACAGUAGGAUUCAGCAGUCACCUUGUAUGCAUGUAAGAGUCUGAAACAUUACUGCAGUUGGAUGUAAUAUUGCCGUUGAGGUAAUAUAUGUAUAGUUAGUGGGUAUAUUUGCAAAAUUUGAAAUCUCUGUUAAUCGAAUGAAAAACUAGGUAUAUCUUUAGCAAAAGAAAAGUAGGUGCCGUGUUUAAAAAAAAGGUAGGUUCAAAGAAACAAGAUUUGUGGACGGUUAUAUCCUUGGUUCCAGACAACGAGGAGUCUGUAUACAUUUGAAUGUCUUUCGAGGACCUUUUGAAUAUUUGGUACGGGUUCUUUUGGCA